UACAGAAAGCCGAGUCCCGAGCUAGGGCGAGUGGAGGAGGCACAGCGGCCGGCGGCCGAGCACUGCGGAGCGAGCCAGCGGGCCGUCACCAGCGCCCAGCAGCCGCCAGGGGCCGCAGGAAGCACCCCGGGGAGCGGCGGCGGCGGCGUGUGCGUGUGGCCCGGGUGCGGGCGGCGGCGCGGGAGCAGCGCGGAGCGGCAGGCGAUUCGGGCGGGCGGCAUCAUGGACGAGAAGUUGUUCACCAAGGAGCUGGACCAGUGGAUCGAGCAGCUGAACGAGUGCAAGCAGCUCUCCGAGUCCCAGGUCAAGAGCCUCUGCGAGAAGGCUAAAGAAAUCCUGACAAAAGAAUCCAACGUGCAAGAAGUUCGAUGUCCAGUCACUGUGUGUGGAGAUGUGCACGGGCAAUUUCAUGACCUCAUGGAACUCUUUAGAAUUGGUGGUAAAUCACCAGACACAAAUUACUUGUUUAUGGGAGACUAUGUGGACAGAGGAUAUUACUCAGUUGAAACAGUUACACUGCUUGUAGCUCUUAAGGUCCGUUACCGUGAGCGUAUCACUAUACUCCGAGGGAAUCACGAGAGCAGACAGAUCACACAAGUUUAUGGUUUCUACGAUGAGUGUUUAAGGAAAUACGGAAAUGCAAACGUUUGGAAAUACUUCACAGACCUUUUUGACUAUCUUCCUCUUACUGCCUUGGUGGAUGGGCAGAUCUUCUGUCUACAUGGUGGUCUGUCGCCAUCCAUAGACACACUGGAUCACAUCCGAGCACUUGAUCGCCUACAAGAAGUUCCUCAUGAGGGUCCAAUGUGUGACUUGCUGUGGUCAGAUCCAGAUGACCGUGGUGGCUGGGGGAUAUCUCCUCGGGGAGCUGGUUACACCUUUGGCCAAGAUAUUUCCGAGACAUUUAAUCAUGCCAAUGGCCUCACCUUGGUGUCCAGAGCUCACCAGUUGGUGAUGGAGGGAUAUAACUGGUGCCAUGAUCGGAAUGUAGUAACAAUUUUCAGUGCUCCAAACUAUUGCUAUCGUUGUGGUAACCAAGCUGCAAUCAUGGAACUUGACGACACUCUUAAGUAUUCUUUCUUGCAGUUUGAUCCAGCACCUCGUAGAGGUGAGCCACAUGUCACUCGCCGCACCCCAGACUACUUCCUGUAAUGAAAAUUUAAACUUGUACAGUAUUGCCAUGAACCGUAUAUUGACCUAAUGGAAAUGGGAAGAGCAACAGUAACUCCAGAGUGUCAGAAAAUAGCUAACAUUCAAAAAACUUGUUUCACACGGACCAAAAGAUGUGCCAUAUAAAAAUACAAAGCCUCUUGUCAUCAACAGCCGUGACCACUUUAGAAUGAACCAGUUCAUUGCAUGCUGACGCGACAUUGUUGGUCAAGAAUCCAGUUUCUGGCAUAGCGCUAUUUGUAGUUACUUUUGCUUUCUUGAGAGACUGCAGAUAAUAGGAUGUAAACAUUAACACCUGUGAGUCCAGUUGACUUCCACUUAGCUGUAGCUUACUCAGCAUGACUGUAGAUGAGGAUAGCAAACAAUCAUUGGAGCUUAAUGAACAUUUUUAAAUAAGUACCAAGGCCUCCCCUCUUGUUGUGUUUCUUUUCAGGGAUACCAUUUAAUUUAAUUGUAUGAUUUGUCUGCACUCAGUUUGUCCCCUUCUCAAAUCUCAGCCCCACGUUGUUCUUUGUUACUGUCAGAAAACCUGGUGAGUUAUUUUGAGUAGAACUGUUUCCCCCUGUAAGAUGAUGUUACUGCACAAGUCACCGCAGUGUUUUCAUAAUAAACUUGAGAACUGAGAAAGUCAGGUUUGAAUUGUAUCAGUGGGCACGACUGGUGCUGUCUCUUAAACAAGAUAAAUCAAUUGAUCAAUUUUGGAAUUUGUAGAAUUCCAGGUAAAGAAAAAUAAAGAUCAAGGCCACUGUGUAACCUCUCUGGCAACUCCUUGGCAUUCUUGAGAAGAACUUGGGGACUUGUUUGUCUGAUGUUACAGUUUGUCUUGUUGUGGGCCUGCGCUUGUGAGAGGAAAUCUGUGCUGCUUCAGUAGGACUUGAUUGUUAAACCAUAGAAAUUGAGAGUUACGUUUUUAGGACUUUACUUAAAAUGGCAUGUUUUCAGGUAGAACUUAACAAACUAAAUGAUGUGUCUAGUUAGCAUAGUUCUGGUUAUAAAUAUAUUGCUAUGUAUAUUUCAUGAACUCUUAAAAAUGACUGACAGAUGGUAAGUUAACAAACAUUUGUACAUUUUGUGUUAAGUCAUGUGAUCUUAGAGUUAAAUUUGUCUCGGAUAAGCUGUUAGAACCUUAGCCUGUGUUAGGUUCCUUUACUGGUAUAUCAGUGAAGCUAAGUAGAAACAAAACCGGUUUGGGGUUAUGCUUUCAUGUUUUGUCCCAGAUCCAAGAAUGGUGCCUGAGUGCCAGUGCUCAGCGACUAAUGAGUUUCCCCUUCUAUUUUUUGACUUAGCUGAAAAAUGAAGGCAGUUUUUCUGUGGGGACUGAAUAUUUGGUAUUUUAAGGUGCCUGGGCAAACAUCAGGAUGCUUCAUCAUUACUGUGUGAGUUAGUAAAUAAAUGUCUCCUGGCUUUGUACUGUGUUGAAUUUGGAACCAACAGUGAAGUUACACCAUUACUCUGUAAAAAGAAGUCGUUUUAUGAGUUAAUUGUCCAAAUCAAAAGGCCUUUAGUUUUUCUAGGUGUCUCCCUUUUCUUUUUGAGAAGAAACACAUUUUCCAGCCUGUUAUUUUUGCUAGUUUGUCUUUUCUUCCUUGCCAAACAAGUAACAUCUAUGUACAGUGCUUUUCUUU